UCCGGGGGGAAACACGAGUUGCAGUGAAACGUCAGCCUGCAGUUAGCUAACCUGCUUUUAUUGCUGUUUUACUGUAGUUUAUCUGGUUAUUAAUUAAAUAUCUGGAUUUAUUGGCAGCAUGGCGUACGCUAACUGUUCUUUAAAAGUGAACAGGGAGCUUCUGGACCCGAGUUUUGAAAGUUACAGACUUUCCUUAGACUCAAUUCCCUGUUAUAAAGUGGAGCUGGAUGCAGCUGUAGCCGAGGUGAAGCUGAAGGACAGUCAGUACACUCUGGAUCAUGUGAAGGCUUUCGGGAUGUAUAAUUACCUCCAGAUCGACCCCUGGUAUGAAGAAAGUGUUUAUUUUGUGGACUGUAAAGGAAGGGUGCUGAAUCUAACCGUCACACUGGACACGGCGCUGGGGAAGCCCCGGGAGGUGUUCAGGAUGAACACCUCCUGUUCCUGUGAGGGGGAGCGAGUUUGCUCCUCCCUCAGUCUGACGUCGGCGACCUGGGCCGCUCUGUCGGACGGGGCAGGAAAUCUGACUCUUUUGCGCACCAGCAAGAGAGGAGAGAGCUCCCACCUUAAAUGGGAGGCCAUGUUCAGCGAGUCUCUCGGGGAGCCUUUCAUCAUCCUACACAGCCUUUCCAACGUUCAGGCAGGAGUCCACACCAUCCAGCUCCUGCUGCUGCGCAUCCAGAAAGACCCGGCUGAUUCUAAAGGCAGCGGCUUCAGCACCCUGCUCGAGUGGAUUACGCUGGAUAACUCCACUGGUGAGGAGAAGAAGUAUGAGGUGAGGAAGAGGAGGCUGAUGAAGGGCAGGUCUGUCCCUCACUACGCUGCACUGGAGCCUGAGGGGAAAGGGCUGAUGGUGGCUUCAGAAAAACCCUUCAGCUUCAAGGAGGUGGAUGGAGUUCCUCUGGAGGAAGAGGGAGCUGAGGAUAUGGAGGUGGAGCCGUCUGACCCGAUCUACUUCUGGCAGCAAACGGAGGAGGACGUUACAGUGUGUGUUCGUUUGCCAGAGGGGACGGUAAAGGAGGACAUCAGGUUUAAGCUCACGGUGGACAGCUUACGGGUCGGCAUUCAGGACUACGCCCCCCUGCUGGAGGGUCAGCUCUGCGCCCCUGUGGAUCCUGAGGCCAGCGUCUGGAUCAUUAAAGACGAUAAGAGUCUGGAGAUCAGUCUGCAGAAGCGCAGUGAGGGUCCGCUGUGGUCUGAGCUGGUGCUCGGAGACAGGAGGGGAGAGUACAUCAUGAACGAGGAGCAGGCGGCUCAGAUCCAGCAGAGACUCGCUCACCUCACCGCUGAAGAGCUGAACGCAAACCCAGAGAAAGAUAAGCCUGCAUGUAAUGCUCAGGAGCUGGAGGAUUGCGAUGGCUUUCCAGAGGACAGUUCGACGUUAAUGCGAUUUGAUGGAGCCACCCUGAAGCCUACCCAUGUGGUCAACCUCGGCAGCCACCAGUAUCUCUUCACUGUAGAGACAAAUCCAUCUGAAAUGCCGGCGUUCUGUCUGAGGCACGACGUCGACGCCCUGCUGUGGCAGCCGAGACCCGAACAGCCCGACAGCCUGUGGGAACACACAGCUACCUUCAACGCUCUGGGUUACGUUCAGGCUUCGAAGCGGGAUAAAAAGUUUGCGACCUGCGCCCCGAACUUCUCCUACGCCGCUCUGGCCGAGUGCCUGAGACGGGUCUUCGUCUACCGGCAGCCGUCUCCCGUCGACACGGUGCUCUUCAACCGCAAACAGGGCCGACAGGUCGGCCAGGUUGCCAAGCAACAGGUAGCCAAUCUGGAGUCCAACCAUCCUGUUCUGGGUUUCAGGGCCACUAAUGAGAGACUGUUCGCUUUAACCUGCAACAACCUAUUUAUACUCAAGGUGAAUAAUUAAAGCUCCUAUUCAGGAGUUCUGCAGGACACGCCUCCUCUGUACUCGUCUUUUCUAAGACUGUACUAUUCAAGGACUGCAGUGGAGAGAAAUUUAAUACUUGAGGACUUUAAAGAAUCCUCGUAUGGUGUGCUCGAGAAUUCUGGGAUUGCUCACAGAUGUCUGUAAACCAUCGCUCGACUAUCUUGUAUAUGGCUAGACUGAAGUUUCAGUUUAUAGUCUAUGUAUUUCUGUGUGUGUGUCAUCAUCUGUCAUUAUAAUAUACAGUACAGGCCAAAAGUUUGGACAAACCUUCUCUUUUUCAAUGCAUUUAUUUAUUUUCAUGACUAUUUACAUUGUAGAUUCUCACUGAAGCAUCAAAACUAUGAAUGAACACAUGUGGAGUUUUAUGUACUUAAUAAAAACAAGGUGAAAUAACUAAAAAAAUAAUGUUUUAUAUUCUAGUUUCUUCAAAAUAGAAAAUAGCCCCCCUUUGCUCUGAUUACUGCUUUGCACACUCUUGCCAUCAUUCUCUCAAUGAGCUUCAAGAGGUGGCCACCUGAAAUUAAUUAAAAGUUUUCCAACAGUCUUAAAGGAAGGAAGGAGUUCCCAGAGGUGUUUAUUAGCACUUGUUGCUCCUUUGUCUUCUUCACUCUGUGCUCCAGCUCAACCCAAACCCAAAGCUCAUCUGGAUUGGGUUCAGGUCCGGUGACUGUGGAGGUUCAGCUCAUUUUUUGUUAAGUACAUAAAACUCCACAUGUGUUCAUUCAUAGUUUUGAUGCUUCAGUGAGAAUCUACAAUGUAAAUAUCAGUCAUGAAAAUAAAUAAAGAAAACGCAUUGAAAAAGGGAAGGUGUGUCCAAAUGUUUUGGCCUGUACUGUAUAUCAUUAUGUAAAAAGCAUUAUGUCCACAUUCCAACUGUUUGCUACCUUGCAGAAAUUAAAUAAAAUCAAAAAAAUAAAUCAGUACAAAGCA